AGAGCUGGUGUUAAUUUAUUUGUAAUUUUUUUAUUUGAGUGAAACCUCCUUUUUGCCUGGACUAAUCAUUUUUUUUCAUCUGAGGAGUUAACAUAUAACUGGGAUUAGGGAAUUAGGGACAAGAAAUGAGAUUGAGAAAGCAAUGGUGUUAUAUUACACUGAUACUGAUACUCCCCUCUCCUCUCAAAACACUUCACAUUUUGCUUUGUGCUUCAACUGGAAAAGAAAGAAGAGGGGGGCUACAGCUGAUUCAGUUAAAUGGCCUUGAGACUAACAGCUGAUUGGUGAGUCAGUUCCAGCUGUGACAACAAACAAAGGACAGCAGCAAGUAGUUGUAGUUUUGAAGUGGGAUCUUCUGUUUGUAUAUAGAAUCAGUGUUUUUGUUAAUUUUUGCCAUUUAUGACACAAGGAAUUAAAAUAUUAAAGGUGCGGCCAUGGCUCCAAAUUACAGACUAAUUCAAUAUCUGUUUAUUAUUGUGCUUUGUCUACAAAAGAACCAAAUAGUUGGAUCAUCACACGAUGUCAACAAUAAAAGCAAAUCACACAUUAGAUACUUUAUCGACCAAUAUUUUAUCAACAAUUCCAGAGCAAAAAUGAUUACCAAUAUUGAAGUUGAAGCUGAUGAUUUUAUCAAACAGAUUAGAGAGAUUACAAACACAAUACCAGAAACUAACAAUAUCUAUGACCUCACUCAAGCUGCUAGUGUGGGAAUCACUUACAACAAGUUUCAACAGUUUUGGAAUGAUGAAUUAUCUCAGGCUUAUACAUUGAAACAAACUCUCAAGAAUGUGGAAAAACUAUUAGAUAAAGGAAGACAGAAAAGGUUAAAGAAACUUGCAAAUCAAGCUUUUACAUUUGGCAAUCCGUUUCAAGGGUGUUCAAAGGAUCCCUACCCAUCUUCGGGAUCUAAGACUAUAAAGACAUUUAAAGUCAACUUGGAUGCAGAGCCAGAAGAAAGAUGGAAGGAAGUGGUACAACAGAACAGUGCGCAGAUCAAGAAGCUAGCAGAUUUCUUCGAGCAGAAGCUGGGUCCGAAUGUGAUGAGUGUAAUUGACACCUCCUUGAUCUGGUUGCACAGAAGUCUCCCGUCAGAGUACUACCGGGAACUGAACGGUCUAUCUCUAGCCUCGGGCAUCAGUGUGGCUCGGGUCACUCUCUACAACGUCUUCUAUGAGUUCUUCACAUUCUGCACCUCCAUUGUGAUGGAGGCUGAGAACGGGAACAUGUAUCACGGAAGAAAUUUGGACUUUGGACUAUUCAUGGGGUGGGAUGCAAAUAAUCACACGUGGUUCAUAACUGAAAUCCUCCGCCCCUUGAUCAUCAAGAUAGACUUUGUCAAGAAUGGCAAGCCACUUUACUCUGCUGUGACUUAUGCUGGAUAUACUGGCAUCUUAACUGGGGUGAAAAAGAACAGUUUCAGUCUGUCUAUUGAUGAGAGGUUUAUGUUGGACGGAGGCUACGUAGGCUUGGCUGAGUGGAUCCUGGGAAUCCGGGACUCGUCAUGGCUCGGUCUGCUCACUAGGCGAGUCAUGGAAUCUGCCUCAACAUACAAGGAGGCUCAACAGAUGCUGACUCACACACCUCUUGUGGCUCCUGUAUACUUCAUACUGGCUGGAACCUCUCAACAGGGCAGCAUAAUAACCAGAGGAAGGCGAGAUGCAGACGUUUGGCCGUUGGGUAGCAGACACAAACAGCAGAAUGGUUCCUGGUUCCUCGUCCAGACCAACUACGACCACUGGAAAGGAACUCCUUUCUUUGACCAUCGACGACAACAUGCUGUACAAUGUAUGGAUGAGAUCGGCCAGCAGAAACCACUGGAAACAUUGUACAGGGUUCUUUCAACCAGACCCAUCCUGAACAAGGAAACUACUCUGACAGCUGUUAUGGACGUAAAAGAAGGCUUACUCGAGGUUUGGGAGAGAGACUGCAAAGAUCCCUGCUGGCCCUUUUAGAUCCUGUGCAUCAUGUUCACAACAACACCAUUGAUUCAAACGUUUUGAUGCAAUGUGCCCAUUCCAGUGCACUAAAGUGCCAUUUGGUCCGUGUAGUUCUAAUGCAAAACAGUGCUGAGGAGGCCACUGCUCCUCUAGAUGCUUAUAAUUUGGCCCAUUGUUCCUGUACGCCACCACACGAUUGAUUCCAUAAUAUUCAGGUGCACCACAGUGUCAUUGAAUCCUUAGUUUUUACACAACUCAAAACUCAACACCAUUAUUCCAUAGUUCCAGAGUGCAGCACAGACAAGGUUUUUCAAGGUCACGAAGAGUGUAAAAAUUAAGCUGUGAUAAAACUUACUGAUGUUUAAAAUUGAAUAUUUUAUCAGUACCAACUAAAGUAACUAGUCUUAACACAAGCUCAAGUUUUGCGUCCAGAAAAUGUGCGGUUAAAUAGUUAAAAGACUCUUUUGUUCCUUGUGGUGUGCUUACACAUUUUGUCACCAGUAGUGUAGUCGUAAAAUGUCCUGUGUGGGACAGACUAAUGUUAGCUCACUAUCGUCUAAGAACUGACUAACAUAUAGGAUUGACAUAUAUGACUAUCGGAAAAAUUAGAGUUCUGAUCAAAAACGCCCUUCCCACACGGUCCCGCUUCUCUACACCAGAGUUUAUCACACACUACUAAACUAUUGAAACUACUUAAUUUGCAAAACUAAUACAUUGUUUCCUAAGUGUAUAUUAUAGGUGUGUAAAUACGAGGCAUGUUUUUUAAGUAAGUACCGUUUUAGAAUAAAACAAAAACCAGUAUACUUAUUGUAAUAUUUUUAUUUUUAUUUUAAAGCCAGUAUCCUAAUCUACUUUUCGACAUAGUUUACAUCAAUAUUAAGGCAUUUAUCAUAUUGUUCCAUGAGCUUUUUCAUUCUUUUCUCAAAUAAUUCUGCCGCCUGACUGGAUAAGCACUGUGUCACACCGUUUUGACCUCCUCAUCGUUGUCUCAGGGCUGACCACCAAGAUGUUGCUUUAAGGAAAAGGUGGUAGGCGGUGGACGCUAGAUCUGGGCUAUAUGGAGGGUGGUCAAGUUGUUCCCAGCUAAAUGAUUCGAUUAGUCCUUGCACUCAAUUAGUCACAUGUGGACGGGCAUUGUCGUGCAGCAAAAUGACCCCAUUGGACAACAUUCCACGCCGCUUGUUUUGGAUUACCCGGCACAAUUUUUCCAAGGUCUUACAGUAUGAUAUUGAGUUAAUUGUGUCACCACGAGGCAAAAAAUUUACCAGUUAACACCCCCUUUCUGUUCCAAAAGACAGUACACAUCAAUUUUUGGGCUGAACUCAUUUGCUUGAACUUCAGUUUCUUUGGCGAAUGUGUAUGCUGCCAUUCCAUGGAUUGUUUUUCUUAUACUCUGGCGUAACAUAAAGACAUCCAUGUUUCAUCUCCUGUAACCAUUUAUCUUAACAAAUCAUCUCCUUUCUCCUAGUAGUGCUCAAGAAAAGUCAAUGCACUGCCUAGACACUUGGUUUUGUGCACCUCAGUUAAUAUUUUCAGCAACCAGCGUAAGCACAAUUUUUGGUACUUUAAUUUGUUGGUCCCAAAAAUAUCAUAAAGGUUUCUCGAAACUAAAAGAAACUCAUCAGAUAAUGACGUGAUCGUAAACCAUAUGUUGUCUCUAUUUUUUUCAUCGACUUUACGCACCAAUUCAUCAGCAACGAUAGAUGGCCAAAGGCCCAGUGCGUUGCUCAUCAUGAACGUUGGUGCUGCCGUCUUUAAAUGCCCUUACCCACUUGCUAUCACUCGUACCAUUCCAUCACUCACAUCACUCAUAAUAUUCUUGCCAUACACUUCACUACUCUGUCGAUGAAUUUCAAUGGCGUUCACCUUUAGCAGUUAAAAUCUAAUUACAGCGUGCAUUUCACAGUCGGCACCAGUCUUAAUAAGCGGCACCAUUUUGAAUGCUCGAAAACGGGUGUAAACACUGCCGAUUGUUGCCGAAUUUCUGGUGCAGGCUUGACAAUUGAUGCACAUACACAGCACAAAUGUCCAAAAUGCCAAUCACAGUGCUGGAAUGGAGAAAUUUAAAAACGGUACCGGUACUUACUUAAAAAAACAUGCCUAGUGUAUCUUAGAAGUUAGGAAUUUUUUUUAGUUUUCUACUUACAACUUAACUAGCUUUAGUUCCUUAGUGUAGUAUAUUUCAGAGUUCUAAAUUUAAAUGUGUUGGAUGAUUGAUUAUCUAUAAUUAAGGAUCGAAUAUAAAUAUAUUAAAACCAUAAGUGAUACAAUCUUCUUUAUUAUUUAGUUAAUCAAUGUUUUCAUUAAUUAAAAUAU